GAGACGCUGAUGAACCAACUCACAGCAUCGCCACAGCACUGUGGAAAUUAUAUGCCCAAUCUGUAGUGUAACAAGGCCAAGGGUGCCAUGGUUCUAGGAAUGAGACUGGAAAGGGAAGACUGUGAGGACACCUCUUUGGGAUGCUCAUAACGUAUGUAAGAUAGCUAGCUUUGGGACACAACAUCAGGUGUCUGUGUAUUGGUUGAACUCCAACCAAUAAAAACCAAUAAACAGAUUUGAUUUACACAACCCCCGAUGUUGUGUCCGAAAGCUAUAAUAUAGCCAGCUAAUUAGCUAGCUAGCUUCCCUAUUUGCACAUCUCAAAUCUUCUGUCUGUUGCUACAACAUUCUGACAGUUACGUUUACCGGCGUGAUCAGAGCAAGAGAUCCAACCAGCCUGAGCCUCUUUAGCUAGCUAACUAAUAAUGAUACUGACUGUAAUUUAGCUAGCUGUAAGAAAGUCUCUUUUUCUUCUAGGUCGAGGUGUUGUAUAGCUUCUGAGUAGCCUAGCUACAUAGCUAGGAAACACAAGGACCAUGCCUAUAUCAGACUUCGUGGAUGCCUUGAAGGACAACCCUUACUUUGGGGCUGGCUUUGGACUGGUGGGGGUGGGCUCGGCCAUUGCUGUGGCCAGGAAAUCAGCUCAAUUUGGGAUGAUCUUCUUCCGGAGGAACUACAUGAUCACCCUGGAGGUGCCCAGUCGGGACAAGAGCUACCACUGGCUGCUGAGCUGGAUCACCAAGCACGCCAAGCACACGCAGCACCUGAGUGUGGAGACAUCUUACAUGCAGCACGAGAGUGGACGGGUACACACACAGUUUGACUUCCACCCCAGUCCUGGCAACCACAUAAUCUGGUAUGGGAGGAAGUGGAUCCGAGUGGAGAGGACCAGAGAGAAACAGAUGGUGGAUCUCCACACAGGCACACCCUGGGAGUCGGUCACUUUCACCGCCAUGGGCAGAAACAGAGACGUCUUCUUCAACAUCCUGCAAGAAGCCAGGGAGUUGGCCCUGAAGCAGGAGGAGGGUCGGACGGUGAUGUACACGGCCCUGGGCUCCGAGUGGAGGCCCUUUGGGUUCCCGCGGCGACGACGGCCCCUCAGCUCAGUGGUCCUGGAACAGGGCUUGGCCGAUAGGAUUGUAGAUGAUGUGAAGGAGUUCAUCGGAAACCCCAAGUGGUACACAGACCGAGGGAUCCCCUACAGGAGAGGUUAUCUGCUGUAUGGACCUCCAGGCUGUGGGAAAAGCAGCUUCAUCACUGCCCUGGCUGGAGAGCUGGGCUACAGCAUCUGCCUGAUGAGUCUGAGCGACCGCAGCCUGUCUGACGACCGCCUCAACCACCUGCUGAGUGUGGCGCCGCAGCAGAGUAUCAUCCUACUGGAGGACGUGGACGCCGCCUUCGUCAGCCGAGAGCUGCUGCCCAUCGAGAGCACUCUGGCCUACCAGGGCAUGGGCAGGCUGACCUUCAGUGGCCUCCUCAACGCUUUGGAUGGAGUGGCCUCGUCAGAGGCCAGAAUAGUCUUCAUGACCACCAACUUCAUAGACAGGUUGGACCCAGCUCUGAUCAGGCCGGGCCGUGUGGACUUGAAACAAUAUGUGGGCCACUGCACCCACUGGCAGCUCACCCAGAUGUUCCGACGCUUCUACCCAGCCGAGCCGGCCACAGAGGGGGACCGCUUUGCGGAGAGCGCGCUGGCCGCCCACCCCAACAUCAGUGCUGCCCAGGUGCAGGGGCACUUCAUGCUGUUCAAAAUGGACCCAACAGGCUCCAUAGACAACGUGGCCAAGAUGAAGGAGUGAGGAGACUUAAAGGACUCUGGGAAAGAAGGUCACAGAAGCAGUCGCCAUUUGACACGAAAGGAGAAGUUAAAUGGACUCUGUUUGAGAUGGAAAAUGCUGUAACUUGUCAAACUUGUGAUGUGCUUUUUAUGGCAAAGUCACAUACUGAAUAAAAGUGAGUGAGUGUAAAUUUAACAUGUUUUAAAUAAAAUCGAAGGCACACGAGUAAGUGGGUACUAUUGACGUGGUAUUUACAGUAUGUAGAGAUUCAGAGUAAAAGGGGGUGGCAUGUAUUACCCUCUCCGAAUUCUAAGAUAAUUCGAUGGCAAAUCUGGCUGAGAAGCCAUCCAGUUCACAGAACCACACUUCUAUAACGAGUCUCGAACUCCCUCCUACCGGGACAUGCUGCUGUGCAAAUCAAACACAUUUCUCAAAUCCACUCUGCAUUUGAUUGCAUAUUGGCAUAAGUCUACCUUCACCUAGGUAGCCUUUCUCAUUGGUUGAUUUGAGAAGUCUCUGUGACAAUCUGUUUUUGGCAACUGCUUAAGUAUUGAUGUCCCUAGCUUAUACAAUGUUAUUGAUUUGAGGUUGGUUGGUACCUGUAUUACUGAGCUUUGAGAUUGGGAGAAAACUAAGUACUGCAAUAUUACGAUAUAAUUACUGUAGAAACUAAUCCAAUAAUUAUAUAAUGCAAUAUUGUGCUAACAGUCAUUGCUCGUAACUGACAAACUCUUAACUGGUCCAAGAUGUAAAGUUAAGCCCCUCUACUUCCUCUAUGUAAGAGUAAGCUCCACAGAAAGAUAAAUUGAAAAGAGAUAAAAUGAUAAUACGUAUGACGUUUUUUCUGUAUUCUUUGCUAUGUGUCUUACGCAACCUAGCUGACUUUAUUUAGGAAGUGGAGGAGGUCUACAGUAUAUAUAUAUAUAUAUACAGUAGUUUACAUAGGGGUCACACUGUAAGGACAGAAUGGAGAUAGGGUCGCUGUGUGCUCCUCUGUAAGUGUAUGUGCCAAUCAUUUGUGUUUAUCACUAUUGUAUUUUUCUCCUUGAUUUACAACAUAAUUGUAUACUUUUGGGGUUUUAUUUUAGAUUAGUGGUUGUGUCAUGUAAUGACAUUUCUUUGUGUUUUAGUACUAAUUACUCUACAUUCACCUACUCUGGAUACAGGCAAGAUGAACGAUUUUUACCCCCAGCAAUUACCCAGCGGGCUAAGCUGGUUUCCCAAUGGGAUGUUCUGUAGUAAAGUCAGAUUCUCCAUC